AUACGCUGUACGUUCGCCGCUUUAGUUUAUUUUGAGCUGACAUAAUAGUAUCACGGUUUUCUUUAGCCAAACGGGAGAAAGACACAAACUAGCACGUGCUCUAUUUGAUUGAAUUGAAGUGAAAUUGGAAUCGUUUGAUUGAAUCAACAAAAUGGGGGAUGAAACCAUUUACGAAAUUGAAGAGAUUAUUACACACCGGAGACGCCCAGAUGGAAAAUUUGAAUAUUUCGUCAAAUGGAAGGGCUACGACAAUAAUUCAAACACAUGGGAACCCGCAGAUAAUUUCGAAUCACCAAGAAUGCUCGUGGAAUAUCAUAAUUCGCUUGAGGGAAACUCCAUCUCGGAUCAAUUGACACGAAUGCAAAAUGCCAUUUCGAAUCCGAUCAAACGAAAAUCGUCGAAGAAAACUUUGGAUCCAGACGAUUUGCUCACGGCAACAACCAUUAAAGAUCGUAAUUUGGUGCCAGAAAAGGUGUUGAACAUUUUUCAUGUGCGUAAUGAUGAAAAAGACCUGGUCGCUUUCAUUCGCUUCAAGAAUACAAAACAACCGGAAUUCGUACAAGCAUCUUGGGCACACGAAAACUGUCCACAAUUGGUCAUCCAGUUUUACGAAAGUCGCAUCUUUUGGCGCGAUAAGAAAUCUGGAGAACUCGUCAAAGGUCGUCGUACAAAUGGAGAAUCUGGGCGAAAGAAACAAUAGCUGCUAUAUAAUAGCAUGAACUUUCCAAUCCAAACUUGCUAACAUUUUUUAAGUUUACAUUGAACUUCAAGCCGUUCAAGUCGCAAAUUCGGUUUAUAUUCAAUUUGAAUAAAUGAUUACGAGAUUUUUUUUUACUAUUUUUGUAAA